UCGAAUCUCCCCAACAACACCCGCUCUUGCGCUCAGUUCGUUUUCACACUCUGGAAUUGCCACUUGGCGGUGCCCUGGCGCCACGCUCUGGGAGUAAAGGCAAAAGCAGCCAUUUUGGUGGGUGUGGGUGGUUUUACUGGCAUCAACAUGAUGCGAUGUGUGUUGCAGUUUUGGUGGUGAAUGCUGCAGUACUGAUUUUCUAGCAUUGGAUCUGCAUUGCGUCUGCUAGUGUUUGAAGCUGCGCAAACUGGUGAAAGCAUUCGGUGGUAAUACUUCACUGACGUGUUGUGGUUAAGUAUCGGAAGCACGAAAUGGUGCGAUCAAGGUUGUCAGCGUCUGUUGAGGAUCCUUCCCUUAACGUCAUUGUGGACUUGGGUCAUCCCCUUGCUAACACCUCCGUCGAUGGAUUCCUCAAAGUUGGAGCGGUCGGUGCAGCCCAUGCUGCUUUGCAAGACACAUUCCGUAUCUUGAAGAGCGAGCAAGUGACUAAGACCGACGUCGAGAAACUGGUUAAGAGGACUGGUUUUGAAGGUCUUCAAUGGGGAGCGGUAGCUGGAGUAUACGCCGGGGUCGAAUACUCGUUGGAGAAGGCGCGUUCAAAACAGGACUGGAAAAAUGCCGCCAUUGGAGGAGCGGUGACGGGAGCCCUGCUGUCGGUGAGCGACUGCAGCUUCGCUAGGGACAAGAUGGUACAGCAUGCCCUGACUGGGGCGGGCAUCGCCACCGCGUCGGAGAUCAUCCGCAACUUGAUGUAAAUCCUGGUGUACCCCUCUUGUGCCAAAUCAUCCGACCUGCAUUGUCCACCUGGGCAAUCCUGAGUUUUGCCUCCAACCAUGAGCGAUGACAUGGCAGCAGUAGCUUGUGUAGCGCUUUUGUACUAGUUCAUGAAAGGAGGCUGUGCAGAAUGAGGUUGUGUACAAUUAGUGGACCUUGGACAGUGAGCUAGCUAGAUAGGUAGAUCGAUGGAUAGAGGAGUUUUUAUCCUAAUGUGCCAUUACUGAUAUCUGUACCUCAUGUCUCCUCUAAGAACAAUGCUUAUCUCACGAUUCUGGUUUUUUUAUUGUUA